AUUUGCCUAACUUACUUCCGUCGAAAAUCUUUUCUUUCAAACUAUCUUUAGCUUUCCCGCGAUCCAAACACCCUUAUUUUAUCGUCAAUUGUUCGACGAAUGGCUCGUACCAAGCAAACUGCUAGGAAAUCAACCGGUGGCAAGGCUCCACGUAAACAACUAGCCACGAAGGCUGCUCGGAAGUCAGCUCCGGCGACCGGAGGAGUGAAGAAGCCUCACCGUUUCAGGCCAGGAACUGUGGCUCUCAGGGAAAUCAGGAAAUACCAGAAGAGCACCGAGCUCUUGAUCAGAAAGCUUCCAUUUCAGAGGCUUGUGAGAGAAAUCGCUCAAGAUUUCAAGACUGAUUUAAGGUUCCAAAGCAGCGCCGUUGCCGCUCUUCAAGAGGCUGCCGAGGCUUAUCUCGUCGGGUUGUUUGAAGAUACCAAUCUUUGUGCUAUUCAUGCUAAGAGGGUUACCAUCAUGCCUAAAGAUAUCCAGCUUGCUAGGAGGAUUCGAGGCGAGAGAGCUUAGGUUGGUUUAUUUUCUGUUGAUUGAUUCCUAGAAUUAGUGAUCUCGUUCAUUUUGUUGUAUUAACUUUCUCUGCAAGUGUUGGUUGUAUAUCGAUGGAAUUCUAAUUGAUGCUUUAUAGUUUCAUGAAAUUUGAUUAAUUUAAUGGAAACUGGGACAGGUUUAGCA